AUGCUUUAUCGCACUAUACACUCACCCACGACGGGAAACUUGUUAUAUGACACCUACGGGCGCGAGUACGAUCUGUCCAGCGUCAGCGACGUUGAGACCGCAUCAAAUCUGACAGGGCUCGGUCGAACGAUGGGCCAGGCCGUGUCCUGGGGCGGAAAACACCUUGGUCAUGCCAUCGCUGCGGCGGCCGAGCGACCCGCCGCUAGUCCAUCGAUUCCCACAUCCUCUAUAAACAGGGAGACCUUGCUAUGCGACACUUACGGGUGCGAGUACGACCUCGCCAGUAUCAGUGAUGCCGAUACCGCGUCGAACCUGACGGGGCCAGGCCGAACGGUGGGCCAGGCCGUGUCGUGGGGCGGAAAACGCUUCAAUUAUGCGAUUGCUGUGGCAGCCAAGCGUCUCGCCGUUGGCCCAUCUGGCCAGCUAAUGAUUCUUGUGAACACCGCAUCUGGCAUGAGAGCCUAUGGGAACCGUCGUUAUCAGCAGAAGGAGAUGACCUGGAAAACAACGACCUUCGAUCGGAUAGUGCAAGCGUUGUUUGAUAUCGGCAAGAUGACUAAGGCAAAGUCAAAGCCAAUCGAUAAUCCUCCAAGUCCAGCUGAGGAUGAGGACUCGAAGCCCAAAAGGGACAGACUCGUCCAAGAGUGA